AUGUGGGAUCAAUGGCAUGUAAUAAAACGUGAGAGAGAUGAGAGGGGGGAGAAGCAGGAAUUGCUUCCGAGAGGGUUGAUUGAGGAGUUGGAGUGGUUGAUUGAUAUACGUGGAGGAGCGGGGACGGGUGGGUGGUAAGUUCGACUCUUUUCCUUUCUUGAGGACCUUUUCUGGGGUUUCUUUGAGUAUCUCGCUUAUUCCCUCUUUUAUUCCAACACCAUCACCAUCUUCAUCCCAAAACCAAACAAAAAAAGCACACUCAAAGACACGCUCAAGUCAAAUAAACUAACAUUCAAACCCCUCAAAAACAGGACAAUAGACUCCGCAACCAGAUUCCAAAAGAAGAAAGAACUCCAUCUCUACAUCACAAAACCCAUCACGGGUCCAAUCGACAACUUAGCCGAAAGCAGGGGGUUUAUCCCUCGGAAUCCCCUGGGGUUCUCGGAGACGGAAGAACGGAUAGCGUUGAGACCGGAUAGGGAGUUGGGGAGGAGGAGGCAGGGGUGGUAUCCUGAUGGGGAUUUAUGUUUGAGGAGAGUGAUUUAG